GGCUCUGCCUGGGCUGGGCUGCACUGGAGCAGAGCAGCCGUGGCAGGAGGGCACACGGAGCAUGCUGGGCUGAGCCCUGGAGCUGGCGUGGAGCAGCGAGGGAUGGACCUGGAAGGUGUGACUGAUUUCAAAGCCCUCCGAGCAAAAUUUCAGAAUGGCUCCAACCCCACCAACAAGCCGGGGCAGAAACCUCCCAUGGCGAUCAACCCCAAACCUGGCUCUGCAGGGAACACCACCUCCAGCCCUCUGCCCCUGCCUAGGAGAGAGGUGAAAGUGUCCAAGCCAGCCCAUCCCACCUCCCAAGCCCCUGUGCUCACCCAGCACAGCCCCUUGGCACAGCCUCGGGGUGACAGGGAGCACACGGGCAGCGCCUCGGAGAAAGGGCUCAGUUCUCCCAAGAGUGGCUCAGAAAAGCCUCUGCUCUCCUGUGCCUCUGACCAGCAAGGAUCAAGCCAAACAACUCCAGAGGACCCUCAGCUCCCAGAAUCUUUCCAGCAUGUCCUACAGAUCUGGGAAGAGACUUUAUCCCGCAAGGAGAAAACGAGUCCAAGGGUCCCAACCCAGCGGGCGGCCAGCUCAGCUCCUGCUGCUUCAGGCAGUGCCAGGAUGUCACCCUCUGGAGGCUCCCCUGUGCUGGACUGGCAUGCCCAGAGGAAGGAUGCUCUGCAUGGCAGAGGGAUAGCCCUUCCUCAGGCUCCCAGAGGACACAGGAGCUCGGAUGGAGCAGGUGCUGAGGGUGUGGUGGCAUCUGCCUUCUGCCAGUCGGGUUAUCGCGCACCCAGAGAGCCACCUCAGCUCCAGAAAGAAUUGGAGCCUCCCUUCUGCCAUCCUGGAGGAGGAAAAUGGUCUUCCAGCCCUGGGAGCAAGUGGCCAAGGAUUAAACCUCUGCCUUCAGCUGAAUCCCUGGGUCCUGCCCCUGGGAAGCCUCCAAGACCCCCAAAGGUUGAUCUCAGUGCUUUCCAGAGCACCAUGCCUUUGGUCCACAGAGGAAAUGAAACAACUGCUGGAGAAGAGGAUUACCUGACCCCUGAAAGUGCUCAACUUGAAGAGCAGAAUAAUUAUGAAGAAGCCCCAAUGUACCUGAACCAGUCUGGGGACACCACAACCUUGUGUGUCAUUGAAGCCCCUAAGGCAGAGCCUCAAAAACACAAGAAACAGAAGAUUUUUCCCUUUGCCAAAUCCAGCCCAGAAAGAGCUCUAAGAGAGGAUGGAAAAGAGGGAAAACCAAGUCAUGAAAGAACAAAACUGGAGGAGAACAAAAUGUUCGAGACAGGUGAAAGUGAGUACAUGUCUCCCACCAGCCAGGCCAAGGCAGAUGGCAGAGGUGGGCUGAAGGUUCUGCAAGGGAAGCAGGAUGUGACCAGUCCCCAAAAUGCAACAUAUCCAACCCCACCAGGGCUGGCAAAAGACAGAGCAGAGCACUGGCACAGCAUGGGUCUUGGUGCUCCAAAGCCAGAAGGAACAGCCUUGGGCCAAACCCCUGGGCAGCCCCUGCAGGCACCAGAGGACAUCUAUGAUGAUGUUGAGGAGCUGCAGGACAGACUCAGUUCUGAUGCCUCCAGCUCCUUCACUUCAGACAGCAUUUCAGGAAACAGCUACGAGGAAACAUAUGAAGAUGUUGAGAUUGGGGGUGACAGCCCAGCAAAACCAGAAGCAGAAAAACAAAAGAGAUUUGGAAACCUGUUUAAGAUAGAAAAGUUGAAGCUGAACAAUUUCAGGCUCAAGGACAACCUAAGACUGGUUUCCAUUUCAGUACCAAAUUUAGCAGCUGUGUCCCAGGAGGACAGCGUGUAUGAUGAUGUCGAGGCGGGGCAGAGAGAAACCAGAGGGAAGGAUGACAAGCACAGAGUCCGGAUGCCAAAACUUCGGGUGGCGAAAGAGUACAAGGACAAGAGGAAAAGCAUGGACGACGUGGAAAGAAAUAUCUUCAAAUUCAAGAAAAGCAGUGAAGAAAAGAGCAAGAAGAUGGACAAAGAAGAGAAGCUCUUUAGAGAGACAUUUAUGUACCAGGAGGAGGAGAUCCGUGUGCUCGCCAGGGCCCGCGCCGCGCGCUCGGUGCGCAGCCAUCGCCGCGCCGACCUGCCGCUCACAGCUGGGGAACAGCUGGAUGUCAUCGACACGCAGGGCAUGGCCCACGUCACGCAGGGCCACGCCGUCAUCUGCCGCAACGCCCAGGGCAGAUGUGAGUCUGCAGCCCGGCCACGGGUGACAAACCACCUCCCACACCCCGGCACGUCCUUCGCGCGUUGGGAGUUUUCCUAAUUCCCUUCCUCUUCCCUCCUCCCUCAGAUGGGUACGUGCUGGUGGAGCACCUGAACUUCAGGUAAUCGCUGAUUUUUUGUUUAUUAUGAUGCACAUUUGUCAGAACCCAGGGAGUUCCUCUGGCUGCCCUGGAGGACUCGAACCCCUGCCCAAGGGGCUCAGAGACCUUGGCACAGAGCCCAAGAUCCCUCUGCCUUUGAUUUAGCCCUUGGAAAAAUCAAUUACCAACCUUUACAUGAAGAAUUACAAGUCAAGAGAGUUUAAGCAGAAUAAUAGUUAGUUUGUCAUGGGGUGAAAAAUAGAUUUUUGAGGUUUUUAGAAUGGAGGCUUGGGGUCCCAAGACGGAGGAAUUUGGACGCGCCCUGUCCUUCUUCUUUCUUCUUCCUAGCCUCCAUCUUCUGGGUGAUGCUGGCAUUUUUAGAUUGGUUUAGAGUAGAAACUCACUGUCUAACAUAGGUAUUGGGAAGAUAUGGUAAAUAAUGCACACGUAGUUUUUAGUAUAAAAAGAGAACACCAGUGUGCCUCAACCCAACCUGCCAGACAGACCUCGGUGGGUCAGAGAAAGAAUUUUAUAGAUAAGAAACAAUAAACAACCUUGAGAAGGAGAACAGAAAAAUCCUGACUCCUCCUUCAACUGCUGGGCUGGAAAAAAGAAGCCUGUAUGUGUCUGAGAUUCCCUCUGACCAGCAGAGAUUCUGAGACAUAUUCUGCUCUCUCUCCUGUGUGGGGAUAGCUGGAGAAACGUACUUAAAACUUCUGAAGGCAGGGGGAGUUAAUGUAAACAGCCAGUAUUAAAUAUUAAAUAAGUAUUUCCAGUUUUGCCCUGCUGCUGGACAAGUUUCCAGUCCAACUGCAGCUAAAAAAAUCCCUGUCCAGUCAUGACUUGUGUAAAUUGGAGAUUCCUGACUUGCCUUCAGAUACGCCAUAUUAAUCCACAUCUGCUGCAAACAUGGGCCACUCGUGCCUUGCCUUGCCAAAACACACCCUUAAAUUCUCUGCUGCAGCAUUUCCUUGCAUGCUCAUGCAUAAUUCAUGGAAAUUAGCCUCCUCUUACCCAGGUGGCCCUUGCUGGGAAAAUUCCUUUUUUUUUUUUCUUUGAGACAGACAGUACCAACUGCCCUGAGAGCUGCUCUCCCCUGGAGCAUCCCUGAAGUUCUCCUGUUCUUCCUGCAUCCCAUGUUGGUCAGCUGUGGGGUGAUGAUGGGAAUGUAAAUAAAGCUGGAGUUUUUUACACUG